UGGUCCGUGUCGAUGCCGCGACGAUCCUUCCGUUCUCGCUGGGCGGAUAAUUCCCCGUCAACGUUCGAUCGAAGCAACCCGCCCGUCUGCCGUCGUGCAUAGGAAAAGCGCUUUUCCGCCCACCCGAAGAGUGGGUGUGCAAUUUUAAUUUCGCAAUAAUUAAUGCUGUUGUGCCCGCUGUUUAGUUGUGGAAAGUGACAUUAAACAAACAAUACACAGCCGAUACUCGUAUACGCAAAAAGUGCGCUUGGGUGGAAAGUUGACGGUUCUCGGCUUCUCGGCGUACGCGUACGUGUGUCAUCGAAGCGGACGACAGCGCGAGCACAACGCAUAUACAGCCAGCAGAAGCAGAAGCAGCAACAGCAGCAGCAGUAGCAGCAGCAGCAGCCCAGAUUAGGUUCAGUGGGUCUGAAUGUUUAGAGGGGCACAAACACACACACACACAAAUCCGUGUUCUUCCCUUUUCGAGUGCAAAGUGAGUGUGGCGAACGAUUAGAAAAAGGGCUUUGAAAUUGGAAUUUUAUCCCCCCAAAAACCGAGCCCAUCAUCAUAACGCCCCCCCUCCCCUCAAUGGCACUCUGAAGUGAGGGAGCGCACCCGAGCUGUUUCCUGGUGGGAAAAAUCGCCGUAAAGGAUCGAGAGCAGCUGGAAGGGGAGCGAUCACUAAUGAAUGAUCGAAUUGUGCAAGCAGCAGCAACAGCAGCAGCAGCAGUUGUGUAGUAAAAGCCACAGAAUGCCUUCAGUUUACGCUCGCUGAAUCGCCGCUGCCCCUCCCCCGGGUAUUAGCUCUAGGAAAGACACACGCCAGUAGUGUACAAAUACAAAAACAAACAAAAAACUUAAUCCCGCCGACACCUGUACUCCUCCCAACCCCCAGCCAAAGUCAAAGUUUUGCAAGUAUGGUGUGAGUGCAACGUGCAAGUACAGUGCAAUUCUGAACCGCGCGCUUGUCUCGUCCGUCAGUGUGCGUGUGUGUGUGGGCAGGCGAGGGCAGGAUACGGUGAGGGUGGGUGAAAAAAGGUCCUGCUUCCUUCGACACCACAAACUUUCCACUCAUACACACACAAACACUCCCCUUUGUGUGGCGCAGAAGGGGGUGCGUGCGCGCGCGCUCACUCGCACGUCCAGUUUUGCUGUAUGGGCAUGGUGUGGUGGUGGCCUACGUUGGUCUAUGUAUGACAUUGGCGAGAGGAAGGAGACGUGUGUAUCAUCCCGUGUCCCGUGAAAGCGAGCGGCAGCAAGAAACGCGGUGAGAACACUAGUGCACGCUCCGCACCGUUCCGGAAGAUGUACGCGAAGCAGCAAACAAAGGUCGCUGGUGGAGGAGGAGGAGCAGUAGGUGGUGGUGGUGUUGGUGUUGGUGGUAGACAAAGUAUAAAGGCUGAGUAUCAAGCCGGUGGCAAGGCGGCGAGUGGUGGUGUGGUCGGUGCCGAGCGUCGGGCCAGUACGGUUUACGCGCGGAAAGCGUCAGUGGUCAGCAACAGUAGUGACGUGUCGAACGAUGACUACGAGGAGGUCAAGCCGGACCUGCACGUUAGCUCGCACCUGCUCGACCACGGGUACGGGUGCGGGGUCGUGGGGGGUUCGUUCACGACCGUGCCGGUAAUUUCCAUCCCGCCGGCGCAUCCCAAACAAUCGCAGCAUGCUGUAGCAACCGAGCAGCAGCAGCAGCAGCAGCAGCAGCGUGGCCAUCAACACACUAGUAGUAACGUUAGCAGUAGAAACAAUCACUCCAACGGCAGGAGCAGCCAUCAUCACAGUAGUACGCCCACUUCAACCACCAUGCCAUCAUCGUCCUCAACGACAACCUCACGCAGCGGGGGCAAGCAGCAGCAGCAGCAGCAACAGCAGGAGCAGCAGCAGAAUCAGACCCAGCAGCAACAGAACCACCACGGCAGUGGCAAGCACAACGCGGCCGAUCCACCGAUCACCAACUUUUUCAGGGCCAUCAAACGAUCGUCACAAUCGUCGAGCAUAUCUCCCACACCGGCCAAAAUAGCGAAGAGCAGCAAUGGCAGCAGCAUGAAGACGCCCAACUCCACCUGCUCCACGCCCACAUCGUCAAUAUCGUCCUCUUCGUCUAAGAAGCGCUACUCGGAACGAACUAGGUACGACACGUCGCUGGGGCUGCUGACGAAAAAGUUCAUCGAUCUGCUGAACGAGUCGCCGGACGGGGUGGUCGAUCUGAACAUCGCGUCGACGAAGCUGAAGGUGCAGAAGCGGCGCAUCUACGACAUCACCAACGUGCUCGAGGGCAUCGGCAUGCUGGAGAAGAAGUCGAAGAACAACAUCCAGUGGAAGUGCGGCAACACGGUGUGCAAUAUCGAUCGCAACACGCGGGUGCAGCGCGAACGGUACCGGUUGCAGCAGAAGGAAAACAUGCUGGACGAGAUGAUCGUCGAGCUGCGAACGGCCACGAACGAGGAGAUGGCGCACACGAAGCAAGGCUACUUUACCUGUCAGGAUCUGAGCUCGCUGGAGAUGUUCCGCGAGCAGACGAUCGUUGUUAUUAAAGCACCACCAGAGGCUAAACUGGAGUGGAUGAACGAGAAAAUGCAACGAGAAAUUGUGCUAAAAUCUGAGAAGGGAGAGAUCGACGUGUUUAUCUGUCCAACGGACGAGCCCGGCGCCGUCGACAGUCCGGCAGUGAUCGCCGGCGACCCGCUGCUGGAAAACUUCGAGCCCGUACUGUCGCCCUUCCAGCGAGUGGACAAAACUUCCAGUCCAAGGCGUGGUGCAGCAAACCCGUCCCCGUACGCGGCACAGCGCAAUCUCAACCGUGCAUUGUUCGAGGAAGGGUCUGUGAUGAAGAGCGAACCGGCCGAAGGUGGUGCCAGCGAGAGCAGCAUACACUCGGCCGUUGCGUCUCUGUUCAACCUGUCCGGCAGCAGCGUGCCGCAGAAGGUGGUGGUGCAUGCCGAGCGGUACGAACUGCCACUGGGCAGCAGCGGUAGCCCGCUGGCUUCAUCCAGCAGUACGUCUGGUGCGGGCGACUGUAGUACCAGCAGCUACUACCAACACCACCACCACCCAUCCACUGCUGUUGCUGCUGCUGCGGUGGCAGAUCCAUCCGAGUUGCAUUUCGAUGCUAGUCAGACAACGACGACGAUGAUCGGGUCCGCGGCGACAACGUCCAAGACUGGCGUGAGAGUUAAAUCCGAACAUGUGCCUGAUAGUAGUAAUAGUAGAAGUAGCGAAAUGCUACCACCGUCCGCCAUCUCGGCGGACAGUGGCGUGUUCGUGUGGGGUGACGGCGUGAUGGACGGCGACGAGCAUCAUCAUCAUGGCACCACCAGGCACGAUGGCGGCGGUGGUGGAGGUACCGGCAUGGCGACGUCGUCGUCGUCCUCCAGCUCGUCGUCCACCGUUUCAUCGUCCAUGCUGUCCGGUGGCGUGAUGGGCCAUCUGAACAACAAUCACAUCCACGGCGGCGGCGGAAAAGCGAUACCGGAGGAGAUCACCAACAAGAAUGCAUCGCUGUCGGAUACGAAGCUGAGCCCGAACCUGUUCCAGUUCGACUUUGGCAGCACGAUGUCGGCGCUAAAGCCGCCGAGCACCAAGUCCUCGCCGGAGAAUCUGCACCAGCGCUACGGCCUGUCAGAUUUCGACGCAAUGCAUGAUCUGGACAUUUUCCUACCACUGGAACCGACCGCCGACUACAAUCUGUCCCUAAACGAAUCGGAGGGUGUGUUCGAUUUGUUCGAUUUCAACUCAUAAAGCUGGUAGAGGCGGCCGCUCUAGCCGCACAGAGUUGCCAGCACAACAAACACCGGGCCGGCGCCGCCUACUGUGUGCUGUGCAGCAAGGCAGCGCUGUUAAAAGGAUAUUCGCAAGCUGGCACAACUCCGGCAGAGGCGGGCAAUCGCGCGCGCGGUCACAUUCAUUUGUCAAACCUUACAAAACCGAUACGCUUUCACCUAUAGUAUGCGCAGCAGCAAGCGCGCAUCCACUGCUACCGUUUGUAGCAGCAGCAGUAGCAACAGUAAAGCAUAUUAUCAUCAUUACAAGCGGGGGGAGAGCACGCCGCAGAGCGCGUGCGUGUAACGAAAUUGGCACAAAACAAACGGUGUUAAAUUAGUUUUUUUAUGAUUAGAAAUGCAGGCUAAGGAUAGUAAUUUUAAGGCAAUUAGUGUUUUUUUUCUUCGAAUUAGCAUUACUUUAAACGAAUCCUUAUCAUCAAGCGCGUGCAUAUGCGUGUGUGUGUGCGCGCAUACGUAACCGCUCCACAAUUUUAAAGCACUCCUCCCCGGUGGGGGGUAGCAGCAUAUGCAAAUAUGCGCGACGAAAGGCUCUUUUUUAAGUUUGCAAACAAAGUGUGCUGGUGCAUUAUUAAAACCAAACAAUGUCAAUAUUCCUCCUUUUACUCUUUCCCUUCCUGCAGGGUACAAUCAGGAUAAUCUCUCCCCUUCCCCCCCCUCCCCUCUAACUGAAGAGGACAAAACACCAUACAGUCGCAGAACGACAUCAUCAAUCCCGGCCUAGCCACCAUCAUCCCCGCUUCCCUGUUUUGCCUACACUCUCCUCUGCUCUGCCGUAUAAUUUUGUUACUCAAUUUUGUUAACAAGUUAGUUUUCGCCUGUUCUUGAUGUUUUCUUUCUCACGGGGGAGGGGGCACCCCACAACAAAGUUAUUUCAUUUGAUAAGUAUUUUCUUUUGUUGAAUUUUGUUUUGUUUUGCGAUGUUUUUUUCUCGUUCUUUCUGCCAAUGCCCCUUUUUAGUUUUUGCAAACUUAUUUCCCCACACCACCACCACCCACCCCACAGAACUGAGAGAGUUGUGUAAUAUUAGAUGCGUAAGGAUGACAAAAAAAAAAACAACAUGAGUGGGAGACAAACCUUUUGUUUACUUCCGAUAGGUUUUGAGCAAGAGUGUAUGCGUGUGUGUGUGUGUGUUGCUAUUAAAUCUGUGGCAUUGUAACAUUAUGCCUCGAUGUUAGUAGAAUCUGUUGCGAAAAAAGCCAUCAGCUUCGGCAGAGUGGGCAAGAGAAGUGGGGGAGAAAAGAGAGAGAGAGAAAGAGAGAGAGAGGAAAGAAAUGCAACCAAAUCGUUUCGGAUUCGGAAAAACUUACCAAGUCUUUCGGCAAGUAUAGCAACAUAUUAAACAGCAACACGAAAACGCAAGGAUAAGACUUAAUCAUUUUUCAUCCAUCUUGCGUAGUUACUUUUUUGUUUGUUUGUGGUAAACCGUAAUGUAAAUAUAGUCGAUAAGGAUUGUAAAUUAUUUUCAAUAAAUUGUUCCGGUGCGAUAGAAGACCACACACACACACAAGCACAUACACAAGCACACACACGCACACACACAUACACCGACGGCAAAGGGAACGUUUAAGUAAACCGGUAGAUGAACCAGAUGAAAACAUAGUUUUUUGUUGUUGUUAUUCUUAUCUCCUAUCUCUUUCCCUCUCACUCGCUGUGAAAAAAAGCAACGUACAAGCAACGAGGAUGAUGUACGCGGGUGUGUGUGUGUGUGUGGUAGAUGUACAUGCUGUACAAAAGUAACUAGCAUUUGAGAAACAAAGGCAAAACCUCUCGUUCGAUGAAUUUCCGACUGAAUCUGGGAAAAAGGGAAUGAACGUUUAGGCGGGGUGAGAGGGUACAGGCAGCGAAGCGCGCAGUGCGCAGCAAGUUCGAAACGAUGGAUGGAUGUAGAGCACUGUGUUAUCGCUGAUGGAGAAAGAAAUAGGACUUAUACAUGGCUAGCUAAUGGCACACACCGGCAGGCAGAUAAGAGAGGAAACGAGAGAGAGAGAGAGAGGGAGACAUGGAGGGAACGAAGAAAACGAAUCGAGAAACGGCCGAUAAAGGUGCCGCACGGUCGCAUAUUUUAAAUAAACCUCUAGUACAUUAAGGCUCAUAUGGGUGUGUGUGGGGACUGCAGAGAUGAUAGGUGCGAUAUAAUACACACACAAAAGGAAUCCAGCAACAUUCACAAGAAAUAACGUUAACGUUGUAGUUGUAGAGUAGAAACAAAGCAAACAAACAAAGCAAAGCAAACAAACACACGAGUAAAUAUGAUUCUCUGGGACACAAUCUUAAGUGAAACACAAAACAACUAGCCGCGCAAUCAGGAGAGGGGGCCUGUGGUUGGUAUCAUCAGGAGAGGGGAGAGUACGGAGGGACAGAGCAAUUAUGUUUGUUUUUUUUUAGACGCAAAGUGUGCAACUUUUUUUGUUCUGUAAAAAUAAGCCAAUACCAAUAGUAAGGAUAAUAAUAAUAGAGCACACUACUCUGAACCAGGUAUGUGAUUAAAAUAGCCGCCGGAUUGUUUGUGAGAUAGAGAUAGAGCAGAGCAGAGCAGAGUCGAGUGAGAAAUAGUACGUGUCAUUGAUCAAAUGCUUUUUGAUAGCAACAACUCCAAGCAAAGAAUGUACAAGAAAACCAACCCCUCUAAAUAUAUACACUAAGAUGUGUGUAAUUGCCACAACAUAAGUAGCCAGUUAGUAGAAGAAGCUCCUUGUAGCAGCAACAGCAGCAGCAGGCACCACACCAGCGAAACGGGCGAAAUCCAUCCUCUCCUUGGGGUGUGAUUGUUUAGUAGUAAAUCUUUCAAAGAGGUUCCUUUGUGUGUGUGUGUGUGGGUGCGUGUGUGUGUGUGGGUGUGGGUGGAUAACUAGAGCACGCGUCACACAGCAAGUCAAUACGCUUUCAUACGCUGGUUCCAUUUUGGUAUCCUUUAUGUGUUCAUUCGCUGUUUCUCAGGACGUAGGGGUUUCGUUUUUAUUUUUCUCUGACAAAAUAGAGAAGAGUAGAAGGCGCAAUACGAACGCAUUUCCUUCAACCGAGAAAAAAACGCUAUCCUUAAGGUAGUACAAUUUUAGUGCGUCAGUGCAGAACACUAGCUAGAAGUCGAUACAACAACUUUCCUUCAGUAGUUAAACGUAAGCGAAAACACAAAGAAGCAUCCGGCAGAAGCGCGCAGAAACGCCAUGGGGGUGCGGUGCUUUGUAUCUCGUGCUACCGUACCACAUUCCCUUCCCCUUUUUACACAACCACACAAACACACACAUGCAUAUGCAUGCACACAGGCACAGGAGGGAAAAAGCUACUAUGGACGCCCAGGGAACUUACUUAGUAAUGGUGUUUUUUAAACGGUUUUGUUUUUCCUUCAUAUCGUAUCAUUCUGUAACGGACGCGAAAAAGAGAAAUAGAGAGAGAGGGAUAUAAAGCCAAGACAAGAUGAAGACCCCGGUCUGUGUAAGUAGCAGCAGGUGCAGAGAAGCGGUCCGAUGCGCGCGCGGUGUUAAAGCAAAACAAACCCACACAAAGAGCCACCAAUAGGUGUAACACACACAAAUAGUAGAAGGCUCUCGGAAUAGCGCAGGUGAAGAAAGGAGGAGGAGGAAAAAAUGUAUUUUUCUUUUUUGUCCAAAAAAACAAAAAAACAAAAGAAGGAAUACACACAUGUGUGCGAGAAAGGUUAUCUGAAAUUGUAA